UCACCAUAGGCUGCACGUUCGGCUGGGGUACACGGGCAAAGCCACCCAACAUGCUUAAUGCUGUAUUAGUGUUCUGUGCAGUCGUGCUGCUGUUCGUGUACUUGCUGGUCAAGAAUUACGACGACGACUCCGUGAUCAGCAGCAGCACAGCAGAGGAAGGCAGAAAAACCAAAGACUGGUCCAAGCGGAGGAAAAGGAAGGGUAAAGCAGCAGCAGCCAAGAAGAGCAAGGCCCUGCCUGCUGCUGCCGGCGAUGCAGCACCAGGCCGCGCUGGCGAGGACGGAUCUUCUCAGAAUCGGCGCGCCAAGCACCAACUGGACGCGCAGGAGUGGCCUACCCUAGGAGAAACCCCCCAACACGAGGCUCAGGAGGAGGAGGAGGAAGAAGAAGAGGACCUCGCUGCCCUCCACGCCGAAAUGCUCAAGGCUGCAAGAAGUCACGCCGGCGGUAGUAGCAGCAGUGACAACAAGGGCAUGGCCGGGAAAGCAAUGGCAGCAGGGGAUGGCCGAGAGAGUGCCCGUCGAAAUAGCGGGCGAAUCGGCGUGGGGGAUAGGGUGGAGGGUCGGUUUGAGGCGGGCGCGGAGUGGUUUCCUGCCGUCGUCACCAAGUUGUUGCACGGAGGCUUCGUAAAUCUGUUGUACGACGACGGCGAGAGAGAGACAAGGGUACCCCUCGCCCUCGUACGACACCGCGGCGCGACGGCGGCAAUGACAAUGGACUCCGACUCAGGCGACAGCAGCGAUGAAGGGGCAGAGGCGCCCCGUCUACCCACGGCCAAGCAACGCUCAAAGCAAGCCGAUGGAUGGGAGGUGAUGGUUCAAAAGCCAAAGAAGACGCGAGUGGAGCGUGUGGAGUCGCGCAUCGAGGCAAAUUCCAACCUGAAGAACAGGUUGAAACGGCAAAAGAAGCGCGAAAAGGAACUCGCCGCGAGAGAGGCGUUGCGGAAAAAGCUCUAG